AUGGAUCCGGUGACCCAGAGGGCCCUGGCCAUGGUGCUGGAGCAGGUGACAAGUGGAGGCCCAAGGAGGAGGUGACAGCAGUGGUGUCAGAGGUGGUGGAGAGCCAGAGGAUGUUGUCCUCAAGGGAUUCCCACAGUCCCCAGCCCAGAGGUCUCUGCCUGGAGAAGGUGUCAGCUCCAGCAUCCAGCGGUGUGCCGACUGCUCCCUCUGUCUGCAGGAUGGGCACAGCCAGAGUCUCUGUCUCCAAGCAGUCACCUCCCCAUGGCCAUGCAGGCAAAGGUUCAUUUGCCUGCAGUGAGUGUGGGAAGAGGUUCAAACACAAGCUCAGCCCGGUCGCCCACCAGCGCAUCCAUACAGGAGAGAAGCCCUUUGCCUGCCCAGAGUGUGGGAAGAGCCUCAACAACAAACGCAACCUGAUCAGCCACCAGCGCAUCCACACCGGGGAGAAGCCCUUUGCCUGCCCAGAGUGUGGCAGGAGGUUCAACCACAAACAGACCCUGGUCACCCACAAGUGCAUCCACACUGGUGAGGAGCCCUUUGCCUGCACGGAGUGCAGCAAGAAGUUCAACCACAAACAGGCCCUGGUCAACCACCAGCGCAGCCACAGCAGUGAGAAGCCCUUUGCCUGCACUGAGUGUGGCAAGAGGUUCAAACACAAAAUCAGCCUGGUUGCCCACCAGCAUGUCCACACUGGCAAGAAGCCUUUCAGCUGCACUGAGUGUGGCAAGUGCUUCAUGUACAAAAGCACCAUGACCUUCCACCAACGCCUGCACACCGGGGAGAAGCCUUUCUCCUGCGCUGAGUGUGGCAAGUGCUUCAUGUACAAAUGGACCAUGGCCUUCCACCAGCGCCUCCACACCGGCGAGAAGCCUUUCACCUGUCCCGAGUGUGGCAAGAGCUUCAUCCAGAAAUCCAAACUAGUCAGCCACCAGCGCAUCCACACCGGGGAGAAGCCCUUUGUCUGCAACGAGUGUGGCAAGUCAUUCAUGCACAAAAGCACCCUGGCCUUCCACCAGGUGAUCCACUCUGGCAAGAAGCCCUUUGUCUGCACUGAGUGUGGCAAGAGCUUCAGCUACAAAAUCCGCCUGGUCUACCACCAGCGCAUCCACACUGGAGAGAAGACCUUCACCUGCUCAGAGUGUGGGAAGAUCUUUUACCACAAACGCAGCCUCAUCAGCCACCAGCACACCCACACUGGUGAGAAGCCCUUUGCCUGCACAGAGUGUGGCAAGAGAUUCAGCCACAAACAGACCCUGGUGAACCACCAGCACAUCCACACUGGUGAGAAGACCUUCACCUGCUCAGAGUGUGGGAAGAUCUUCUACAACAAACGCAGCCUGAUCAGCCACCAGCGCAUCCACACUGGCAUGAAGCCCUUUGCCUGCACUGAGUGUGGCAAGAGAUUCAACAACAAACAGACCCUGGUCAGCCACCAGCGCAUCCACACAGGAGAGAAGCCCUUUGUCUGCAAUCAGUGUGGCAAGAGCUUCCAUCACAAACACAGCCUGCUCAGCCACCAGCACAUCCACACUGGCGAGAAGCCCUUUGCCUGCACUGAGUGUGGCAAGAGAUUCAGCCACAAAUCCAGCCUGGUCACUCACCAGCGCAUCCAUACAGGCGAGAAGCCCUUCACCUGCCCAGAGUGUGGCAAGAGAUUCAACUACAAAAUCUGCCUGACCAGCCACCAGCGCAUCCACACUGGUGAGAAGCCCUUUGCCUGCACUGAGUGUGGCAAGAGAUUCACCAACAAAGGCAACCUGAUCAGCCACCAGCGCAUCCAUACUGGAGAGAAGCCUAUUGCCUGCCCAGAUUGUGGGAAGAGCUUCAACCAGAGAAGUAACCUGGUAACUCACCAGUGCACCCACACUGAUGAGAAGCCCUUUGUCUCCACUGAAUGUGGCAAAAACUUCAACCAUAAAAUCACUCUGGUCUCCCAGCAGCCCAUCCACACUGGGGAGAAGCCCUUUGCCUGCACUGAGUGUGGCAAGAAGUUCAAACACAAAAUCAGCCUGGUCAACCACCAGCGCAUCCACACUGGGGAGAAGCCCUUUGCCUGUUCAGAGUGCGGCAAGAGCCUCAACAACAAACGCAACCUGAUCAGCCACCAGCGCAUCCACACCGGGGAGAAGCCCUUUGCCUGCACCGAGUGUGGCAAGAGCUUCUGCCACAAAGCCAGCCUGGUGAGCCACCAGCGCAUCCAUACAGGUGAGAAGCCCUUUGCCUGCUCUGAGUGCGGCAGGAGCUUCAACCAGAAAAGCCAGAUGGUUACCCACCAGCGUGUCCACACUGGUGAGAAGCCCUUUGCCUGCACAGAAUGUGAUAAGAGAUUCAAAUCCAAAAGCAGCCUGGUCAGCCACCAGUACAUCCAUACAGGUGAGAAGCCCUUUGCCUGUCCUGAGUGUGGCAACAGCUUCAAGUGGAAACGCAGCCUGGUCAUCCACCAGUGCAUCCACGCUGGCAAGAAGCCCUUUGCCUACAAUGAGUGUGGCAAGAGCUUCUGCCAUGAAAACAACCUGGUCACUCACCAGCGCACCCACUCUGAUGAGAAGCCAUUCGUCUCCACUGAAUGUGACAAAAUCUUCAACCAUACUAUCGCUGUGGUCUCGCCGUAGGCUGGCUGCUCUGGUGAGGAGCCCUUUGCCUGCACCGAGUGUGGUAAGAGAUUCAAAUAUAAAAGCAAGCUGGACCACCAGCGCCUCCACAGCGCCGAGAAGCCCUCCGCCUGCCCGGGGUGUGGCAAGAGCUUCACCCACGAAUUCCAACUUGUCACCCAUCAGCACACCCACACCCCUGGGUGACACUGCCUGCACACAGUGUCAGGAGCUUCAGCCUGAACCCAGCACCUCACCCAUGCAGUGCAGCAGCUCUACCCUUGCCCUGAGCACAGCAAGGUCUUCCCCCAAAAGGAGCGAUGGUGCACUGCAGCAUGCUUGCCAAGGACAGGAUCCUCUACCACUGCCAUGCAGGAGAGUCCUUCCCCCAGUGCUCCCUGUGCACCCUGCUGGGAGCAGACAAAACACUGCUGAGAAAUGUGGUGAGCAGAGCGGGCACAGGCUGGCUGGGCAUGCCGUGCUCUGUGUCUCCAUGGCACCAAAGAGUCAGAUGUCCAAGGCAUGGCAGUUUCUGUCGCAUCCUGGAUAGGAGCCCUGAGGCAGCAGCAGACUUCUAUAGAGACUGGGUCAGGUUGGCAAAUGGGAGGCU